UCGGGACCGAACCGGAUCAUCUCUGCACCCCACAGCGCGCGCGUGACCUGCGUGGAGGAUUUUGGGGGUGAAGGAUGCUGCAUGGGCUCCCGGUGCUGCAGUGGGUCUGCUUCCGCUCGUUCCCACCCUGAGCGCCGUGCACGACUAAAUCAGGACUAACAGAGGACUACAGGACUGGAGCAGGACCAGCGGGGGGAAUCGAUCCCAAUCUGGAGGGGUUUAGUCAUCAGUCUGCACUGAGAAACGCUCAGAUCUUCAUGAUGUCCGGCAGCACACGGGACUAAACCAGACCGAACCGGGUCUAGAACCGAACCAGGGGACUAAAGCUUGUUGAUCCAGAUCUGGAGGGGCUUAAUCAUCACUCAGCAUUAAGGUACCAGGCAGGAGGCCCUCAGACCUUCAUCAUGUCUGCUAAAGAGAGGCUGAAGAGCACCAUGAGCAAGGAGAGCGUCACCCUGCUGCCCUGCUUCUACUUUGUGGAGUUGCCCAUCCUGGCCUCCUCGGUGGUGAGUCUGUACUUUCUGGAGCUGACCGAUCUCUUUAAGCCGGUACAUUCGGGCUAUAGCUGUAACGACCGGACCCUGAGCAUGCCCUACAUCGAGCCCAGCAAGGAGGUGGUGCCGUUCCUCAUGCUUUUUAGCCUGGCGUUUGUCAUCCCAGCAGCCACGAUCAUGAUUGGCGAGGGGAUCCUGUACUGCUGCCAGAUUAAACGAAGGGUCACCACCAAAACCGAAGCCAACAUCAACGCCGCCGGCUGCAACUUCAACUCCUUCAUCCGCCGGGCUGUAAGGUUUGUGGGGGUGCACAUAUUCGGCCUGUGCGUCACGGCCCUGAUCACAGACAUCAUCCAGCUGUGUACGGGGUACCACGCCCCGUACUUCCUCACGGUGUGUAAACCCAACCUCACCAUCCUCAACACCACGUGUGACGAGAACGCCUUCAUCGUGGAGGACAUCUGCUCCGGCUCCAACUCUGCAGCCAUCAACGCCGGCAGGAAAUCGUUCCCCUCACAACACGCCACCUUGGCUGCCUUUGCUGCAGUGUACGUCUCAAUGUACUUCAACGCUACGUUAACCGACUCCUCCAAGCUGCUGAAACCGCUGCUGGUCUUCUCCUUCAUCAUGUGUGGCGUCAUCUGUGGCCUGACGCGCAUCAUCCAGUUUAAAAACCACGCCAUGGACAUCUACUGCGGCUUCCUCAUUGGAGGAGCCAUCGCCGUCUACCUGGGUCUCUAUGCGGUGGGAAACUUUAAACCCAGUGAGGACACGUCUCUGCGGCAGCACCCUCGUCCACAGCCACAGCCACGUCCCCAGCCCGUGCCCCCACCGAUGCAGAUUCCCCCACAGCCUCAGCCCAUCAUGCCUCCUUCUGCCCUCCGUGAGCCCCUGCGCCCCCUGCCAAACUUUAACACAGAGCUCCCUCGCCUCCUUCACGCUAAAAGCCUGAGCGUCAGGGAGCGGCCGACCUCGGCUCGCUCGGAGAGCAUCCUUCUCCGAGGUCCAAGCCGGGACACCGGUUCCUUCACCAUGAAGAGAGCCAGCACGGAGCUGCAGUGCAUCACGGCGUCCAGCCCUCUGUACCAAGACAACAUGGUGACCUUUAGCAACACCUUGCCCAGGACACAAUCGGUGAGUGGAGAUGAGCCCGUGCCAAGGCGCCACGCCGCCAUUCAUACCUCGAUGGACUCCACGCGCUCCAAACAGCUCCUCUCUCAAUGGAAAACCAAGAAUGAAAACCGUAAGCUACAGAUCGGGGAGGGUCCUGAGGCGGGCAUGGAUGUCAGGUGCAGCUCCGAACCCUCUGCUAUGAGUUUGGAAGGACCUCCGCAGUACAUGAAGAUGGCUGCUAGUGUUGUGCCAUUGCCCAUGGCUAAUCACAAUGGCGGCGGUGGUGGUGGUGGGGCCAGGGUGACCAUCCAAUCACGACCAGGAUCUUCACAGCUGGUUCACAUUCCUGAAGAGGUGCAGGAGAACUUGUGCACAUAUCCACAGGAGGACAGCGGCGAAAUGAGCGAUGGUGGGGAGGGAUCGGCUGGAAACGCACGGGCAAAAUGGAUGAAGAUGGCAGAGCAGAGUGCACCAUGCAGGACUAACAACCAGCCAAGGAUCAUGCAGGUCAUCGCCAUGUCUAAACAGCAGGGCAUCAUACUCGGAAGUCCCAAGAGCGAGGGUAGCGCCGUGAGCCGCACUGGUUCGAUCCGGUACAAGGCACUGACCGAGCAGGAGCCCGGCGAUGGCAUUGUGCACAUCGACGCCCAUCCGGAGAACAGACCCAACGUGGACCCCGGUGGCUCCUGGAGGUGGAAGGCGCCGCCCGAGCGAGUCAGCGUCCGCCAGUGCUUCGAGCUCAACGACCUCAACCGCAACUCGGAGAGCUGCGACUCGCUCAGGGACGGCUCGGUACCCGACACGGGCAACCCGCAUCACCCACACUUCCACCACCAUCACCACUUUCACCACCAGCACCACCAGGGCAUCACCACCAUCCGCGUCUCGGCGGCAGAGUCCAGCAGCGAGACGGAGGCCGCAUCCGAGACCCUCUCGCUCGCCUCGAGCCGAGAUUCCACGCUGCGCCGCAAGAACGUCAUCCUGCUGCCCGAACGCGGCCCGAGCCCGGACAACGCCAGGAACCUGCCGCACUUUUUCAAACUGUCACCCACGCCUCCUCCCACUGUGACCUUCAAAGAGUGAGUUCCAUUUUCUCCAAUCCCAGAGUGGCCUUGCUCUCUUACUAGACUUUCUGGAGGGGCACAGCU